AUGCUCAGGCUAAAUGUUAACUGUUCUUUAAUCCAUAAUCCAAGGAAAAUUAACCUUGGAAGCACAUACAGGUCAUGGAAAAUUAAGUUUUAUCAAGCUCGGAAAUCGUAUGCCAGGGUUUCUGUCAAGGCUCUAAGGAAUGAGAAGGAUGGGGGUAGAAGCAGCUUUAGAGGCCAAAGCUGGGAUCCCGGCAUGGAAAUUGCAGUUCCUUUUGAACAAAGACCGGUGAACGAGUAUACAUCUCUGAAAGAUGGAUUUUUGUAUUCAUGGGGGGAACUGGAACCAGGACAGCUUUUUCUUCGUCUUGGAGGUCUCUGGCUAGUGACCUUCACAGUAUUUGGAGUUCCAAUCUCAGCUGCAAGUUUCAGUCCUGAAAAAGAGACACUAAGGUUUGUGCUGGCUGCUGGAGCAGGAACUCUACUUCUUGUGUCACUAAUCACCCUUCGAAUUUAUCUGGGAUGGAGUUACGUUGGAGAUAGACUUCUAUCUGCAGUUGUCCCAUAUGAAGAGAGUGGUUGGUAUGAUGGACAAAUGUACAUAAAGCCCCCAGAGGUCCUGGCUCGUGAUAGACUGUUGGGCUCUUACAAGGUUAAACCAGUCAUCAAACUGCUGAAACAAACGCUAGUUGGAACAGGUGCAUUACUUGUUACAGCAGGGUUACUUUUUAUUUUUGCAACACCAGUAGAAGAUUUCUUUCUGAACCACUCUGGCACAAGAGACGACUCCUCAAAUAUCAACACAAAGUAUAGAAAAGAGAAGUUGCUUAAUUUACCAGCAGAGGUCAGAACAGAUGAUAGUUUAGCAGCAGCUGCUGCUGAGGCUGCUGAUGGAAGACCAGUCUACUGCAGGGAUAGAUAUUACCGUGCAUUAGCUGGUGGCCAGUACUGCAAAUGGGAAGAUCUACUAAGCAAAUGAGGAAAAGAAGUGUUAAUCAUCCUCGUUUCAUACAAAUUUGUAAUUUUUUGUCCAUUAGAAUACAGGUUUUGUCCCUUCAUCUUAAACGAACAAUUAGCUUUUCAAAAUUCUGAAAGACGAUACACAAGAACGAUAUUCUGGGAAGAUAAAUAAACGAACAUCUCUUUAACUUCAA